AUGACAGCGAAGUAUAUUUUUAUGACGCUGGUGAACGCGGCUUUUCUCUGCCUCGCAUCGACCAUACUCUCGGAAUCGGCCGGAGCCUCUUGCAAGUGGUUGUCCGAGGGUGGUAACGAGACCCGUUCCGCGGACUGCACCCUCCGAGUAUUGGAUCCCGGCGCGAUCACCAGCCUCGUACCGUCCCUCGACGGUGCCCUCAAGUUACGGAUACGGUGCAGCGACGUCCAUCAUUUCGAGAGCAGCUUCAACGCGCAAAGCUGGCAACGGUUGUCCAGUUUGCACGAGUUACACGUGCACGGUUGCAAAGUAUUGCGUGUGCCGGACGGCGCUUUUCAACCGUUACUGGAGUUGAAACGACUGACCAUCCAGACGUUCAAUUCCGCGUGGGCUGCCGGCCGUGUUCUCGAGUUCGCGCCGAGCUCGUUUCUCGGUUUACGGGAACUGCACACCUUGGAGAUCGUCGAGAGCAACCUGCAAGCGCUUCCAGUGAAUCUUCUGUGCGGGCUAGAUAAUCUUCAGACGUUGAAUCUGACCGGGAACCGUUUCCACGACACGAACGAUAUCGGAUUGAAUCGUCGGGAUCUACCGACGCACGACCAGAACAACGACGGUGAAUCGUGUCGGGCCGAUAUACGGAUUUUGGACUUGUCGCGGAACGAACUGACACGGUUGCCGGAGAACAGCCCGCUGGUUGGACUGCGACAGUUACACGAGCUGCACCUGCAACGGAACGCGAUCGAGGAAAUUGCCAGUGACGCGCUCACCGGGCUGACCGUGCUUCGUACCUUCAACGCGAGUUAUAAUUCCUUGGACUCGUUGCCCGAAGGGUUGUUCGCCAGCACGCGGGACCUUCGAGAAAUACACCUGGCGUACAACGGCCUCCGCGACCUGCCGAAGGGUAUAUUCACUCGGCUGGAGCAGCUGCUCGUGCUGAAUCUGGCCGGCAAUCGGCUGGGCAGCGACCAAGUGGACGAGACCACGUUUCUCGGUCUGAUACGUCUGAUCGUACUAGACCUAUCGUACAAUCUGUUGACGCACAUCGACGCCCGUAUGUUCAAGGAUCUAUUCUUCCUGCAGAUUCUCGAUCUACGGAAUAACUCGAUCGAUCGGAUCGAGAGCAACGCCUUUUUGCCGCUCUACAAUCUACACACCCUCGAGCUGUCCGAGAACAAGCUUCACACCGUGGGAGCGCAACUAUUCAACGGUCUGUUCGUACUAAACCGGCUGACGUUGUCCGGCAACACUAUCGCGAGCAUCGACCCGCUCGCGUUUCGCAACUGUUCCGAUUUGAAGGAACUGGAUCUGAGCGGUAACGAGCUCACGGCGGUGCCCGACGCGUUACGCGACCUCACUUUCUUGAAAACCCUCGACCUCGGCGAGAACCGGAUCAACGAUUUUCACAAUGGCUCGUUCCGUAAUCUUCAUCAGUUAACCGGCCUGCGAUUGAUCGGCAACGAUAUCGGUAAUCUGUCGCGCGGUAUGCUCUGGGAUCUGCCGAAUCUGCAGAUCUUGAAUCUCGCCAGGAACAAGGUCCAACACGUCGAGAUGCACGCGUUCGAACGGAACGUACGGCUCGAAGCGAUACGAUUGGACGGGAACUUUCUGUCGAACAUAAACGGUGUCUUCACCAGCAUAGCAAGCCUGCUGUUGCUGAAUCUGUCCGAGAAUCAUAUCGAGUGGUUCGAUUACGCUUUCAUACCUGGUAACUUGAAAUGGUUGGACAUACAUGGGAAUUUCAUUGAGAAUCUCGGCAACUACUACGAGAUUCGUGAUUCGAAAGUGAAAACCUUGGACGCCAGUCACAAUCGGAUCACAGAGCUGUCGCCGUUGUCCGUCCCGGACAGCGUUGAGUUGCUCUUCAUAAACAACAAUUACAUCAGCGUCGUACGACCAAACACCUUCGCCGAUAAGGUGAACUUGACCAGGGUCGAUAUGUACGCGAAUCUGAUCGAGACCAUGGAAUUGACCUCGUUGCUACUGACCAAAGUCCCGGAGGAUCGACCUUUGCCGGAGUUUUACAUCGGCGGGAAUCCGUUCAACUGCAACUGUUCGAUGGACUGGCUGCCGGCGAUCAACAAUCAAACGUCGACCAGAGAAUAUCCCCGGAUCAUGGAUCUGGACAAUGUGAUGUGUCGUACAUCCGGUCCACGUGGUGUUGCCAUAAUACCCGCGUCAACGGCCAGAUCGGAACAAUUUCUAUGCCGUUACGAGGCCCAUUGUUUCGCCCUAUGUCAUUGCUGUGAUUUCGACGCGUGCGACUGCGAGAUGACCUGCCCGGCCGGCUGCAAGUGCUACAACGAUCGUACAUGGAACACGAACGCGGUGGAUUGUUCCGGGAUGGGUGUGGAGGAGAUACCACGGCGUAUACCGAUGGACGCGACCGAGGUCUAUCUGGACGGUAACGUGUUACGCGAGUUGCAAAAUCAUGUGUUCAUCGGACGGAAAAAUAUGCGUGUGCUUUACGUGAACGCGAGCGGCAUCGAGUCUAUACAAAACCGUACGUUCAACGGUUUGAACAAUCUACAGAUUCUUCAUCUAGAGGACAAUAGGAUACGAGAGUUAAAGGGUUUCGAGUUCGAGCGACUUUCGCAUCUGCGCGAGCUUUAUCUGCAGAAUAAUGUGAUAGGAUUUAUCGGUAACCUAACGUUCUUGCCGUUACGUUCCCUGGAGAUAUUGCGAUUGAGCGGCAACCGACUGGUAACGUUCCCGGUGUGGCAGGUCACUCUAAACGCUCGUCUCGUCGAGCUUUCGUUGGGUAGCAAUCCAUGGUCCUGUCGUUGUAAAUUCCUUCAGGAAUUGUCUUCGUGGGUCUCGGACAACGCGCACAAAGUCAUCGAUGCGAGCGACGUUUGGUGUUAUUACGGGGGUGACGCGAGAUCAGCCUAUAGGCGUCGUUUGAACGUCAACGAGACCGUCUGUUCCGAUUACUUUUCGCAAGGUGGCGUAAUAGAGAGCAUCAUGGUUUCCGAUUAUUUACCGUUAGUCGCUGCCACGUUGUCCGCGGUUCUGGUAUUGUUGGUGAUCAUAGUCUUAGUGUUUAUAUUCCGUGAACCGGUCGGCGCCUGGGCGUACUCGAAGUACGGAUUACGUUUCUUGCGCACGAAACCAGGAAAAUCGACCGGUACAACAACGAUCCCCUCGGCGGCGCCGAUGACCGCGUGCUGCGACGGCGAUCGCGAACGUCUAUACGAUUGUUACGUUUGUUACAGCCCCGGCGACGAGAAUUUCGUGCUCCACUCGUUGGCGGUGGAGCUCGAACACGGCGCCGCGGGACUGAGAUUGUGUCUGCAUCAUCGUGAUCUGCCCUGUGUACUGCGUGCUUCCGCUCCGGCGCCGGUCGUUCUCGAGGCGGUCGACGCUUCUAGGCGCGUGUUAAUCGUUCUGACCCGUAAUUUCUUGCAAACGGAAUGGUCCCGUUUCGAGUUCCGCGCGGCGUUACACGAGGCACUUCGCGGUCGUGCUACCCAAUUGAUCGUCAUCCAGGCUGGUCAGGCGUGUCCGGAGAUCGUGGAACGGGAUCCUGAACUGCGGCCGUAUUUACGUACAGCCGCGGCGAUACUCACGUGGGGGGAGAAGAGGUUCUGGGAACGUCUUCGGUACGCGAUACCGCCCGCGAAUAUGGGUGACAUAUCGAUGGAGAGCAAAUCCUCGCCGCUCGUUUACAAACGGAACAUUAAUACGUACACGCUGGACGGCGUUGGCAGUGAGAAAACAACGAUGUCGACCCUACGGGCGCAGGAGAGACAAAGGUCUUUCUUCAAAGACUCGUCGCCAACGACCGCGUUGAUGUUACAACACGCGCCGCCGCCCGCCUAUUCCUGCGGCACGGUCUCGAUGCCGCAACAUCAACCGCCGCCGUCGUCCCCGCAGCCCAGGCUGACCGUCAAUCACGCCUACCGGGAUGCGGUCACUGUACCAGGUAGCAAUCUCAUCGCCGCGAACACGACCGUGUGCAGCGGCAGCAGCGAGGAUCACAGGAGACCGCUGUCCGAGCACAUAUACUCGUCCAUCGACUCGGAUUAUUCGACAUUGGAGCGAACCGCCUGGAGACAGCAACAACCACCGCCGCCGCCGCCGCCGCCAUCGUCCGGCCAGGCGUAUCUCGUCUAGCUCCGCGCGAAUUGUCUUCUUCUCCUCUGCUUGUGAUACACUUCUCGAUCGACAAAACGAAAAAUAGAAACAGCUUUUCUCUCGCUUUUCGCGGUCCGUGCGCGCGAACCGAGGGGGACGGAUUGGUAUUGUACUGGG